UUGCAGUAUAGUAUGUCAUACAGGUUUACUUGUCCUGAACAGCCACAUUGGAAAGUCCAGUCCAAACACCUUUGUCCGCAUGCGCGAAACUACACUUGUUUACUAAACAUCCUAAAUCUGACAUAUCAAGAGAACUGCAAAGGACCAAAAAUAAUUGCCCCAGGUUCUAAGUAUAUAUGGCAACCAAACUUUAACAGAGGUGAAUGUGACACAGAAAGAUACCAACCGUUCAUUUUUCACACAGACGGAUAUACUAAUUGCUCGUUUUUGAAAAGUCGGUGCUACAGUGAAGGUCAAGCAACUUUCAGCAAUGGUAGUACCAAAAUGGAUAGAUCAUGCUAUUGUGAUAGCACAAGAGGAUAUGUUUUCGUCAUUUCAACUCAUGAGAAAUACUGUAUACCUUCUGAGGAGGAUUGUUCCUGUCAUAAAAAUAUCACAGAAGGAAUAGCAAAUAUAUAUGAUACAGGCCUUAGUGUUGAUUAUACCACAUAUGACCCAAGAGUACAGUCAGGAGUCAUUCAUUAUGUUAACACUGUUAGAGACUACGAUGACACGAUGUAUAACAUAAAAAGAAGUGGAAAUGCCAGGCGUGAAGCUGCUAGUCUCGUUCUGAUCAUGUUUAUUUUGAUGUUGUUUUUACCAUACCCGUCCGCUGUUAUUAUUACCAAGGUUUGUCGAAGACUACGAAUGACUACAUGUAGGCAAUGCUACAAAACCAACAAUAGUACAAUAGAAGGUGACGAACAGAAAGAUAUUGAAGCGGGAGCUUCAUGCGAAAUGGGCACACGACAAAAUGUAUUGACUGGACUUGACAAGUGCGUUCUUCAGAGAUACAUUUCAAAUCUAAGUAAUACAGAGAUCAUAGAGUUUGCAUCAAUUUUACGGAAUAAAGGUUUAAUCAGUAAAUGUGCAUAUUCAUACAUAGGAACAUGUUAUAAAAUUCACAAUUAUCAAAACAUGAGGUCUGUGGCAGUAAGGAAUAUUACUAAAAUCCAUACAGAUUUGAGAAAUAUUGUUUUUGUUAUGUACAAUCUUAAUAACAGGUAUAAAUCAUGGGCAGUUCAAUUAUUUACUACUUUUAAAAAUGUGUUAGAACUAAGGCCUUUAAUUGUAUAUAGAGUUGACAUUCAAGAUCGAACAUUUAUCCAAGCAUACUUUGAUGUCAUGAAAAAAAGCGUUCAGAAAAUGGAGUUUGAAAAUCCAGUUGAGUAUUUAACAAAUCUGUCGCAACAAAUACAGAUGACAGGACAACGAUGCGAUCAAGCCCAUCAAAGAAUAUUCACCGAGAUCUGUGAUAAAUACAUUGUUUUAGUGGCGCUUACAAUUGAUGCGUUAGCUAAUAAAACUAACGAUAUAGAUCCAAAUGGUAAAUUUUUCAAAGAAAUUGAAGCCAUCAUAUCAAAGUCGUCUUGUCCAGAUCUUUCACGGUGCAUGCUAUACGGACGUAAAGCUGUGGCAUUAUCUUUCCAAAACAAACGAGAAGAAGGGGAAGACAUGGAAAAGAUGGCUCUUAUAUGUGCAGCUAACGUUGUACCAUGUCUAGAAACUGUUGACAUGUUUUAUAAACUAGUUUUGUUUCACAGAGCGUGGUAUGAGAAAAACCCACAGAAAGAGCUGAUGUUUAUAGCGGAAGUCAAACAAAAAGCAUUCGAUGUUUUAAAAGACAUGGGGGAUGAGAUAAGACUUUUCUGGUCAAGAAGAUUUGUUGUUCGUUUGCUUUUAUGUUACCUCGGCCUCGGUAUGCGCGGUAGAUUUAUUCCACUUUACCAAAUUCAGCCUAAAUAUACAAAGGAGUCAGAAUUGUUAUUAAAAACAUAUGAUUCAAACACUGCUGAGAUUCGUAUUCAAAUGUUAUUUUAUAUAGCCAAAGCUCGUUUAUCUCAUUUAAAGGGGGAUUUAAAAACUGCGAUUGCAUGUAACGAGGAAGCGAAGAAAAUUGCCACAAAAGGUGCCUACAUCGAACUAGAAACAAUCCUUGAUAAUGAACAGAUAUUGCUAGAAAGUUGGUCCUUAUCCGCUGACCUUCUUCCGAACCCUCCUUAUUAA